AUGUCGCCCCCAACCGCGUCCUCCUCUUCCUCCUCGCGGAUUCAGUUUCACCACUUUCCCGAAAUCGACAGCACGCACACCUUCGUCGAGCGGACCUAUGGCUCGUUCGACCCGAGCAUCCUUACCUGCGUGUCUGCGGACUACCAUAUUGUGAGGAAAAAUCCCCCCUCCCCAUGUCAAAACGGCAUUUCUGAUGCUGGAUUUGUGUACACAAAUCAGCUUUGUAUUGCAGAGAGACAUUGCGGCCAGAUCCCCAGGCUAGGUAGGGGCGAAUGGGUCUAGUUGUUCAGCAUGGCAAACGGCUGCCCAUUAGGCCCAACAGCAUGACAAACCGCUUCCAUAAUGGGGCGGAAGCUUCUGCCCUUCUCUCCUUGCAAGACAGACGGGAUUUGUGGCCUCAAAUCAGCAAGACAAAUUUUCGAAAGCAUACCUUUUCAAUAUGGGGAGGGGGAGUUUUUCCUUACGAUAUACCAGACCGCGGGGAGAGGGACGAACAAACGCGUGUGGUCCGCGCCGAAGGGAAAAAAUCUGCUCACGACGUUUUACUUCACCCUGCCGGACCGGUGUAAGGCGCAGGCGGCGUCGUUUUUGCAGGUACAGGUUUCUUUGUUGUUCAGCAUCGAUCUCUUGGUCGAAGCCGGUUCCUUGAUCGUGCAUUUCAUGUUUACGAAGUAGGCCACUCUACUGCACAAAACUUCAACUUGACCAUACGUGAAGAUGUUUUUGACGAGGCUUGUUGUACUUCGUUCACAAAAUAACUGCACGGAAAAAAACUAGGUCGCCGCCGUCUCUUUUCUCGACACGGUUCGGAGAAAAGCCUGUCGCGGCGUGGACAUCAGCCGCUUGCAGUUUCGACUGAAGUGGCCGAAUGACGUCAUGUGCAACGAGAAGAAAAUGGGCGGGAUUCUAUCCCGCAUGGUCGCGGAUCCAGUCCGACACAGCUCGAGUUCACGGGACGUCAGCAGAUUGAUCCAGGGGACGAAGCCAUCAGCGGGAGGUGGUAUGCCAGUGGUUUUAUCUUCCAGUAGUAGCACCAGCGCCGUGAACAACGCGACAUCCAAUACCUCCGCCGUUGAACUCUCCCCCAUAAUCGGCACAAACGUAAACACGUCUUUCGUGCAGUCCCCGAACAAAGCCGAACACUCCGUCGUCCUCGCAGAUUUGACCCCUCCGAGUCUGACGCACGCCGCGGCGGCGACGGCAGGGAGCAGUGUGGGCGGCGCAGUUGAUGGUGUCCACCAGCUGAGCUCCCCGACGUUUGCGGAGAAAUUAAGUAAGGAGAUCCCCGGGACGCAGUCCUAUUCCCUUCCGAUCGAGAAUUACACAAGGGAUUUCUACUACAGCGGAAGCAGCAGCAGUGAGAGUGGUACUAUCGAAAGCAAGAAAGAGAAGCGGAUCGGGAUGAUACUGUCCCUCGGGUUGAACGUGAAUUUGACGCAAGACGACUUAGAUUUGGUCAUCGCCAGCAACAACGGGAUCAAAAAUUUCGCCUGGCCGCCGACCAGCUUGCGGCAAGAGAUCGGGAACCCCGUGCUGCAGUUUGAAGUCGACCGAGUCAAGGAGUUAAUCGCUUUCGACCUGUACGAUAUCAUCCUCAAAUUCGAGCAAGUCGGGUACCUGCAGUUUCUGCGCGCGAUCAACGACAAUUUGCUGUACGAAAACGAGAAAAUCGUGUUUGCCCCGCGGGGCCGGGAGCACACCGACCGGGUGGAGGGGAUCUUCCGCGGGCUGGACGACGAGGGGUGGCUAAUUUUGGAGUCCCUAGUCACCGGCGGGACGGAAAAAUACUGCAGUGGCGAGCUGUGUCCACCGGUGAAAGUCAGGUGAGGGCCGAAGGUUUUGCUGUGUCACUGAAGAGCACGGGGGUGAAUUACUCAUGUACCGGCCGUGACACGUAGUACGAGACGACCACGACACUGGAAUUGUAAUCUAAGAAGCGACAAGAAAGACAACAAACUACGAGCAAAAUGAAGACUAUGAAAAGAACCAACACCGGCGUCCAUCUACAAUGCGAUGGCACUUUCCUUCCACCUUUGGGUAAUCG